AUGGCACGCCCUCGCGCUCACUCGGGCGCUGAUGCCCCCAAAGAGCCACAUGCAGUCUCUCUCAAAGUAUUGCGGCUAUCGCGACCUUCCUUAUCCUAUCAGUACCCCCUCCCGGCAGCAGACACGAAGAUCUCAAGCAAAGCUUCACUCAGCUAUCCCGCCGAUAAUGUCGACGAUCAGUUCAUCCUCACCCCCAAUUUAACCCUACCUCCGGCGUUUGGAUCUGCGUAUGUGGGUGAGACGUUUGCAUGCACUCUCAGCGCCAAUAAUGAGUUGCCGGAUGAGGAGACGUCGCGCGUCGUCACAUCGGUUCGUAUAGUGGCAGAGAUGCAAACACCAUCGCAGGUAGCGGCAUUAGACCUAGAACCGGCCGAAGACACGGCUUCGAAGGACGGGGUGCAGAAGGGCCAUUCACUACAAAAAAUAGUACGGUUUGAUCUCAAGGAGGAAGGGAAUCACAUCCUGGCGGUUAGCGUCAGCUACACGGAGACAUUGAUUGGGUCGGACGCGCAAGCAGCCAGCGGGCGUGUGAGAACCUUCCGCAAGCUUUAUCAGUUCGUGGCACAGCCCUGUUUGAGUGUUCGAACCAAAUCAUCAGAGCUGGCGCCCCUGGAAGUCGAGAACAAGUCACUCGGGCCAUAUGGCAAGACCCGGUUGCUCCGGUUUGCUCUGGAAGCGCAACUAGAGAACGUAGGCGAUGGUCCUGUGGUGGUCAAGCAAACGAGGCUCAAUCCGAAACCGCCAUUCAAGGCUGUAUCCCUCAAUUGGGAUCUACAAGGACCGGAACAAGCGGAUCCGCGGCCACCGACUCUACAUCCGCGGGAUGUCUUGCAGGUUGCAUUCCUCGUCGAGCAAGAAGAAGGCCAACAGGAAGGGCUGGAGACCCUGCAGAAGGACAUGAAACGCGACGGACGCGCCGUGCUGGGCCAGCUGUCGAUUGAGUGGAGAGGCGCGAUGGGCGACAAAGGAUUCCUAACGACGGGUAAUUUGAUGACGCGAAGACGGGCAUGAGACAGACCAAUCGGACGUAAUAUUUCCUGCUUACUGUCUCUCUGCUGUGUACCUGAACUGCAGCGGGCUUUUUCUUGGCCUUUGACCCCCUUGUGUAACAACAACAGACACACAUUCCAGACACUGCAGCCAA